AUUAGGAAGUGUUAUGGGGGCUCUGGUGGGCGCUAUCGACGAAGGCACAUCUAGUGCUAGGUUUAUACUAUUCAAGGCUGGCACGACAGAAAUAGUGGCCUCCUAUCAGCAAUCACUCUCUCAGAUAUACCCUCAAGAAGGAUGGGUGGAGCAAGACCCCAUAGAAAUCCUAGACGUCGUCAACACCUGCAUCGAACACACUAUAGAUAAACUAAUCUCACUCGGUGGUAGUGUCAGUGAUAUUGCUGCCAUAGGAGUAACGAAUCAGAGAGAAUCAACGAUUGUUUGGGAAAAAUCGACAGGCAUGCCGCUCUACAAUUCCAUAGUUUGGUUGGAUGUUCGAACUUCUUCCACCGUUGAUCACCUGUUGGAAAAAGUCCCUAAUAAAACGCACAACAAAAAUUACCUGAAGCCACUGUGUGGCCUACCGCUUUCGCCAUAUUUCAGCGCGGUUAAAUUGAGAUGGUUACAAGAGAAUGUUCCCAAGGUACAAAAAGCGAUCGACGCUAAUGAUUGUCUGUUUGGAACUGUAGAUUCAUGGAUAAUGUGGAAUUUGACUGGAGGUAAAAAUGGAGGAAUACAUAUAACCGAUGUUUCAAACGCAUCAAGGACAAUGUUGAUGAACAUAGACACAUUAAAAUGGGAUCCCGUUUUGUUAAAUUUUUUCGGGGUGUCUCCCAAUAUCCUACCCAAGAUCAAAUCGAGUUCGGAAAUUUACGGCGACAUUAAAGUGGGACCAUUGAGAGGAAUACCUUUAACCGGUUGCCUAGGUGAUCAACAAGCUGCGUUGGUGGGGCAACAGUGUUUAGAGAGAGGACAGGCGAAAGCGACGUAUGGUACAGGCUGUUUUUUGCUUUACAACACGGGAAAGGCGAGAAUAAACAGCCAACAUGGUCUAGUUACGACAGUGGCGUACCAAAUCGGUUCUAAGGAAACUCCAGUGUACGCGCUUGAAGGUUCUGUUGCCAUUGCGGGUGCAGCCCUUAACUGGCUGAGGGACAACAUGGAUAUUCUGCCGUCAUUCGAUCAUGCUCAAGAUAUCGCUGAAAAGGCCAGUCUGAUCGAAUCGGGAGAAGUGUAUUUUGUACCCGCGUUUAGUGGACUCUACGCACCCUACUGGCAGCAGGAGGCUAGAGGUGUGAUUGUGGGAAUCUCGGAAGAUACGCAGGCGAGCCACAUUGUUAGGGCGACUUUGGACGCAGUCUGCUUCCAAACUAGGGAUAUUCUUGAGGCCAUGAAUAAGGACUGCAAAUCACAUCUGACUCAUUUACAGGUAGACGGAGGAAUGACAGCUAACACGCUGUUAAUGCAACUCCAGUCCGAUCUAACGGGAAUCACGGUGAUUAAACCGGAAAUGGCGGAAAGCACCUGCUUGGGGGCGGCUAUGGUUGCCGGAGCUGCAGUAGGUGUGUGGGAUUUAAACGCUCCGAUGGAACUGCCCUCUCAAGUAUGGGAACCGAAACUUAAUGACGACGAGCGUGACAUGAGAUACUCCAAAUGGAAUAUGGCGAUAGAGAAAGCUAUGGGUUGGGACGUGUGACCAACGAUAUUCAUUCUUGAAAGAAACUACUGUAAACUAUAUUAAAAUAAAACAAAAUACUAUAUUACGACGUUUUAUUUCAACCGAGUAAAAUGUAACUUUAGUGAAAAAAUUACUUUUGUAUUUGUGCG